AUGGAGAUGAGUUGCGGAAGCGUUGGAUCCGCUAAAGACAAUGUGUCUGCGCGACGACGUGUCCUAUACUCUAGUGUUUGUGCCAUUUGUCACGAGAAUGAGUUCUCGAUGGCCGACAAGCCCUCACUGGACACACUGUUGCAGAUGCUUCAGAGUGUCAUCUUCGAGAUCGGCAGAAGUAGUCAAGCCUUCUGUGAGCUGAGCGGUCGCACGGAACCACUGGUGGGCGAUGUGGUGAUGGCUUUGGUCGAGAUGGGCCUCAACAUCGACGACUUGUCCUCAUAUGCCAUGAGAUCGACUCGAGUGACGAUACCAUCGCCGCAAGUGAUGGCCAAACAGUCGACUCCUCGUAUACUUCAAGCGGGAGAGAAGAAGACGCCGUCGGCUUAUAUUCCCGACUAUUUGCCCGCAUUUCCUGACCCCCACUCAUACAUCCGGACCCCGACUCACAAACAGCCGAAAAACUCAUAA